AGUAGAGGUACCUUUUCAAGUUUGCAGAGACAGAGGAACAAAAAUAAAAGAAAAAUAGAAAAAAUAGAGAGAGAAAAAAGGAGGAGCAAUGGCAAUGGCCACAUUUGUGUAGAAUCGGUGUAGAGUGAGAAGAAAGUUGCCACUUUUCUCAGUGUGUGCGCGUUUGUGUGUGUGUUUGUGUGCUUGCCCUGAUUUUGGAAAUUCAGGUGUAUCUGCGUUCAACCUCUCUUUUUUCGGGAGAGAUUGUGAUAUAAGAGCUUCGAAUAUUUAUCGGAUAAAGCUUGUUUAUGUUGGAAAGAUUGAAGUUUCAGAUUUUGUGAUUUUUUUUGUGUGUGUGUGUGUGUAAAUUUGAAUGGCGACCGUUGAAGGUGAACUUUCCUUCUCUGUGGCGUCGGUUGUGGAAGGAGUUCUGCAGCAGCAUGGGCAUCGAUCUCGUGAGCUUGAUUUUGAUGCUCGCCGAGCGGAGGAAGCCGCAUUGAGAAGAUAUGAAGCAGCUGCUUGGUUGAGAAAAUUAGUGGGAGUAGUGGGUGCAAAGGAUUUACCGGCUGAACCUUCGGAGGAAGAAUUUAGGCUUGGAUUAAGGAGUGGAAUAGUUCUAUGCAAUGCACUCAAUAAAAUUCAGCAAGGAGCUGUGCUAAAGGUAGUUGAAAGUCCAUGUGAUUCAGCACUUUUACCAGAUGGGGCUGCAUUGUCAGCAUAUCAGUACUUUGAAAAUGUGAGAAAUUUCCUUGUAGCCAUGGAAGAGAUGGGUAUACCUACUUUUGAGGCUUCUGAUCUCGAGCAGGGAGGAAAGUCUUCAAGGGUAGUGAACUGUGUGUUGGCACUUAAGUCCUAUUAUGAAUGGAGACAGGCAGGAGGAAAUGGAGUCUGGAAAUUUGGCGGGAAUCUGAAACCCUCAACAUCAGGAAAACAGUUUGUUCGCAAAAAUUCGGAGCCGUUCAUGAAUUCUCUUUCUAGGACCGUGUCCGCAAAUGAGAAGUCCUUGAAUGGAAUAUGUCCUAACAAAGAUUCAAACAGAACGCCUAGUUCUUCCUUGAGCGUGCUUGUGCGAGCAAUUCUAUCAGAUAGAAAGCCGGACGAAGUUCCAAAUAAAAAGGCUAAUGAUUUAAGAGAUUCCAAUAUUUCUAGUGGCAACAAAUCUGUGUUAAAGCCUGCAACACAUGAUGUGCAGAUCGAAGGACAUAGUGCUGCAGUUGCAAACAGAGACCAGAUAUCACAGAAGAACCAAAUUUUUGAUAAAGAAUCCGAGGGUAGAUUCAUGAAGCAGCAAACGAUUGUCGACCAACAACAGAAAGACAUUGAGGUGCUCAAGCAAGCACUUUCUACCACAAAAUCGGGCAUGCAGUACAUGCAAAUGAAAUUCCAUGAAGAAGUUAACAAUCUUGGCAUCCAUGUUCAUGGACUAGCUCACGCUGCUUCCAGUUAUCACAGAGUUCUUGAGGAAAAUCGGAAGCUUUAUAAUCAAGUCCAGGACUUAAAAGGCAACAUAAGAGUGUAUUGCCGUGUCAGACCAUUCUUGUCAGGACAAUUUAAUCGCUUGAGUACAGUGGACCAUAUUGAAGAAGGAACUAUAAUGAUAAACACAUUAGCAAAAAAUGGUAAAGGGCAAAAAUGUUUCAACUUCAACAAAGUGUUCGGCCCUUCUGCUACACAAGAGGAGGUAUUUUCAGACACCCGACCACUAGUAAGAUCGGUCCUUGAUGGUUAUAACGUUUGCAUUUUUGCCUAUGGUCAAACAGGAUCGGGCAAAACGUACACUAUGACUGGACCAAGGGAUCUCACUGAGCAUAGUCAAGGGGUUAAUUACAGGGCUUUAAGUGAUUUGUUUCUCCUUGCCGAGCAGAGGCAGCACACCUUCUUUUCUCAAACAGGACUGAGUGUACCAGAUGCAAGUUUGAUCAAUGUGUCCUCAACAUCCGAUGUUAUUGAUUUAAUGAAUGUCGGCCAAAGAAAUCGAGCAGUAGGUGCAACAGCACUCAAUGACCGCAGUAGUCGAUCUCACAGUUGUUUAACUGUUCAUGUCCAAGGAAAGGAUUUAACUACCGGAAAUGUUCUUCGAGGUUGCAUGCAUCUUGUUGAUUUGGCCGGAAGUGAGAGAGUCGACAAAUCGGAAGUCACAGGGGACAGGCUAAAAGAGGCUCAGCAUAUUAACAAGUCACUUUCUGCCUUGGGUGAUGUCAUAUCCUCCCUUGCCCAGAAGAAUUCACAUGUCCCUUACAGAAAUAGCAAACUCACUCAAUUGCUGCAAGAUUCACUUGGAGGGCAAGCUAAAACACUGAUGUUUGUUCAUAUAAGCCCUGAACCUGAUGCCAUUGGGGAGACAAUUAGCACACUUAAAUUUGCCGAACGUGUGGCGACUGUAGAACUUGGUGCCGCACGAGUGAAUAAGGAUUCAUCGGAUGUUAAAGAACUCAAAGAGCAGAUUGCCAGCCUCAAGGCAGCAUUAGCAAGGAGAGAUGGCGAACCAGUUGCGAUUCAGCAGAAGCCAGGUGGCAGUCCAUGUAACAACAUGCAGCCUUCACCUUUUCAACCUAAAAACAACACAGCCUUGAUUUCACCAAAUGGCCUGAGAAAACCGAUGGAAGAUGUAGGCAACAUUGAGGUUAGAAGCAAUAAUACUGCAUUGAGGCAAAAGAAUCAAAACAUGGACCUUGAUGUGCUGCUCGGGAACUCGCCUACCUGGCCGCCACUUGUUACCCUUGACCAGAACAAUACAGUUGAAGAAGAUAGAGAAGUGGGCCCAGGCGAGUGGGUCGACAAGCUCAUGGUGAACAAGCAAGAAAAUAAUCCAAAUGGAGCUGAUGAGAGCCCCUUUAAUCAGAAAUGCUUAUUGGAAUAUUCAUCAAAGUAUAUUCUCCCUGAGAAGAAGCCCAACGGCCUAUUUUCUGUGAAUAAUCAGUUUGGUGUUAUUAAGGCUGCUGAUGAUUCGGACGAGCUUGAUGCCGGAAAUAGUGAUUCUUCUGAGUCGGAUUUGCUUUGGCAGUUAAACAACAAUUCUAAGCUUAUUAUUAACAGCAUUGGUCCAAAGGUGGAGAAAGCUCUUGCAAAACAAACAAGAAGCCCAGAGCUUAGGAGCAUGAUUCCAAAACUAGGCCCAUCGCCAUUAAGAAAAGCGAUCAGUGGGGCCAGCCAAGGCCAUGCUUCGCAGAGGAUCACAAAGCCGAUUGGUGUGAUAAAGCGUAAAAUGGGGUCUAGAAAUAUGCCCCGCAAUUCGAGAGAAAUGGAUGAUGUUGCCAAUGGCAAGAGCCUCGAAUCUCUGCAAAUAUCACCCCUCGACUAUGAUGUGGAUGAAGACGAGCCCCAAAACGACGGCGUCCGAGAUGACGUCAGCGACGAGGACGACGAAGACGAUCGAUUACCGGUGACGUUGGGGCUUCCGGAGAAGCCAAAGAACUCAUGGGCAUUGCUCCGUCAGUAUUUCCCUAGCAAAGCUGGUGGCUUUCCGGCAUGGUUGGAUCCUAUACAUUUGCCUUCAGGGAAGUCCAGCCUUUGUGAUUUCUGUGGUGACCCUUUGCAGUCUCUGCUCCAGGUUUAUGCACCUUUGUCUGAGGAGGACUCGACAUUUCACCGUACAUUGUUCGUUUUCAUGUGUACAUCAAUGACCUGUCUUCUACGUGAUCAGCAUGAACAGUGGAGGCGUCAUCCAGAGAUUCCCUCCAGAAGUGUCAAGGUUUUUCGGUGCCAAUUGCCGCUAGUGAAUUCGUUUUACUCGAGUAAGCCACCUGCGGAAGAUGGUAGUGAGCAACCCUUGUCAGCCGGAGCAUUACUCUGCAACUGGUGUGGUACGUGGAAAGGGGACAAGAUUUGUGGUAGCUGUAAGAGAGCACCUGCAAGUAAUUCCCUCUGGCCAGAAUACGAGAUCACGAAUGUGGAGGAGUGUGAGUUAGAAGACGAGGCGUCUAACGAUGAUGGAUCUGUUAGUCCAUUGAUUUCUAGAAGCCGUGCUGAUGAUUCUCUUGGUCAGUUGCAAACUUAUUUCAAUGGACAUGGUGACAACCGAAGCUGGGCCUCUUUCCAGGAGAGCAUAUCUUUGGCCCCCGACCAAGUUGUGAGGUACUCCAGAUCUGCUCAGGCGAAGCCGUUGUGGCCCGUCUCAAGUGGUAGACCAUCAAAAUUUGAUAUUCCCAAGUGUAACUACUGUGGUGGCAAUCGUGUUUUUGAAUUUCAGGUCUUGCCCCAGCUAUUGUAUUUUUUCCAUGUGCAAGAUGAAGAAAAUUCUCUCGAUUGGGCCACGAUUGCUGUCUACACAUGUGAGGCCUCGUGUGAAGGCCCUGUGAGUUACAAGGAGGAAUUUGCUUGGGUUCAACUUGCUUCUCAGUCUACAUAAAAAAACGAUUUCGGUAGCAAUAAUAUGGUUAGUUAACAUGUCUCCACUUGCUGCAUUUUCGAAUGACAGCAUGAAGAUAAACGAUUUCGGGCCUACUUUCGAUUCAUCUACUUAGGCAUGUGAUAAAUAGUGUUUAUUUGUAUCAUUAAAAUCAACUAUUUUUGUCUCAUAAACUUAGUUGAAAAUACUAUUUGUUUUGGUGGUUGAGACUUUGAGAACACUUGCUUGCUCUGUAAAUCAUGUUGGGACAACUCAUUUGCAUGCUUUUAUUAGCAGGUGAUGAGUAUAACUUACUUGGUUGUCACAGAUCAACAAUAUUUUUUUUUUUCUUCAUCAAGGCUUCUUUAUUUUUAUUUAUUA